UCCGUAGGUUUGAAGACAUACCUGAUAGCGGGUCAGAGAGCGAAGGAGUCUCACUGCAGCUGUUCAGAGGCCUUGCUUUCUGGCUUUGAGGUCAUUGAUGGCUCACAGGUGUCCUCAGGCCCUAGGGGACAGGGGACAGCAUCACCAGGGAGUGUCAGUGACUUGGCGCAGACUGUCAAAACCUUUGAUAACCUUAAGACCUGCCCUUCAUGCAGAAUCACAUUUGCUCCCAAAUCGGAAGCUGGUACAGAAGGAGGAGCAGUGCAAAACAGCUGUCAGGAGGAGCAUAAAAAUAACACCAAGGCUUCUGGCGGACAUAAUUCUAAGACCCAAAAUGGACUUCUGAGCCCUCCCCAAGAAGAGAAGCUCACCAACAGCCAGACUUCUUUGUGUGAGAUCUUACAGGAAAAGGGAAGAUGGGCAGGUGUCAGCUUGGACCAGUCUGCUCUCCUUUCACUGAGAUUCAAGAAUAUCUGGGAGAAAACUGAUGCCCACUUUGUUGAUGUUAUCAAAGAAGACAGCCUGAUGAAAGAUUAUUUUUUUAAGCCACCCAUUAAUCAGUUCAGCUUGAACUUUUUGGAUCAGGAGCUAGAGCAAGCCUACAGGACUAGCUAUCAAGAAGAGGUUAUGAAGAAUUCUCCUGUGAAGACUUUUGCCAGUGCCACCUUCAGCUCCCUCCUGGACGUGUUUCUGUCAACAACAGUGUUUCUGAUUCUUUCCAUCACCUGCUUCCUAAAGUACGGGGCUGCCACCACACCUCCCUCGCCAGCCACCCUAGUGGUCUUCGGGGCGGCCUUGCUACUGGAGGUGCUGUCCCUCGUGGUCUCCGUCAGGAUGGUGUUUUUCCUGGAGGAUGUGAUGACUUGUACCAAGCGCCUGCUGGAGUGGAUAGCUGGUUGGCUCCCACGCCAUUUCAUUGGGGCCAUCCUGGUGUCACUUCCCGCUCUUGCAGUCUAUUCACACAUCACUUCCGAAUUUGAGACAAAUAUACACUUCACUGUGUUCAUGGGCUCGGCCAUCCUCGUCGCCAUCGUGCACUACUGUAACUUCUGCCAGCUCAGCUCCUGGAUGCGGUCCUCCUUAGCCACUGUCGUCGGGGCUGGGCCCCUGCUUCUGCUCUACAUCUCCCUGUGCCGAGACAGUCCCAUAGUAAUCUCACACCUUAGUGCAGUACAGAAUUUCAGUUCGGAGAGGAAUCCAUGCAAUAGUUCAUUGCUGCAUGACAGCAGGAGACCAGCCAGCCUGAUUGGCCAGGAAGUGAUUCUCGUCUUCUUUCUCCUGCUCUUGUUGGUCUGGUUCCUGAAUCGAGAAUUUGAGGUCAGCUACCGCCUUCACUACCAUGGGGACGUGGAGGCAGACCUUCACCGCACCAAGAUCCAGAGCAUGAGGGACCAAGCCGACUGGCUGCUAAGGAACAUCAUCCCCUACCAUGUGGCAGAGCAGCUGAAGGUUUCCCAGACCUACUCCAAGAACCACCACAAUGGAGGAGUCAUCUUUGCCAGCAUUGUCAACUUUAGUGAGUUCUAUGAGGAGAACUAUGAGGGAGGCAAGGAGUGCUACCGGGUCCUCAAUGAGCUGAUCGGGGACUUCGACGAGCUCCUGAGCAAGCCAGACUACAGCAGCGUUGAGAAGAUUAAGACCAUUGGGGCCACAUAUAUGGCUGCAUCAGGACUGAAUGCCACACAGUGCCAAGAUGGCAGCCACCCACAGGAGCACCUGCAGAUCCUGUUUGAGUUUGCCAAGGAGAUGAUGCGUGUGGUGGAUGACUUCAACAACAACAUGCUGUGGUUCAAUUUCAAGCUCAGAGUUGGCUUUAACAAUGGACCCCUGACAGCAGGGGUCAUUGGCACUACCAAGCUGCUAUACGACAUCUGGGGGGACACUGUCAACAUUGCCAGCAGGAUGGACACCACGGGAGUGGAGUGCCACAUCCAGGUGAGUGAAGAAAGCUACCGUGUCCUAAGCAAGAUGGGCUACGACUUUGACUACAGGGGCACGGUGAAUGUUAAGGGCAAAGGUCAGAUGAAGACCUACCUUUACCCAAACUGCACGGACAAUGGGGUUGUGCCACAGCACCAGCUCUCCAUCUCCCCAGACAUCCGAGUCCAGGUGGAUGGCAGCAUCGGACGGUCUCCCACAGACGAGAUUGCCAACCUGGUGCCUUCUGUACAGAACUUGGACAAGACAUCUCUGGGUUCUGAGAACAACACACAGGCCAAGGACACCCGCCUGUCUUCUAAGAGACCCUGGAAAGAGCCUGUCAAAGGUGAAGAAAGGUGUCGAUUCGGCAAAGCCAUAGAAAAAAGUGACUGUGAAGACAUGGGGAUGGAAGAAGCCAAUGGACUCACUAAGCUCAAUGUCUCAAAGAGUGUGUGAUGCAGCACCUGGAUGCUGCCCGUGGUGCUCUGUUCAUCAAAACACAAUAAUAUUUGUAUUUGGCUGUUGUGUGUUCCAAGCGCCACAGUUUCCAUCCCCAGAUGUGGUGCCAUGUGGUCAUUGCAGCCCUAACUUCUGUGUAGAUCACAGUUAUUCAGGGUUCAUUUCCAUCCAUUUCUUUCCUUUUUCUCUCCCUGGAGUCCUCUUCCCUUGGUGUAACUGUUCAGCAGCAUGAGGAACAAGUACCUUCAGGGGCUGGCUGUGGCUUCAGAGAUUAGGGAAAGAAGCCACAGGUGGAGAUCAUGGCAUUGGGUAUUGUUGGACUUUUAAGACAAAAGCUGUGGUUAAGAUGUCACUUUUAUUGCUUUUUCUCAUGAGAUACUUUUUUUUUGCUAAUACAAUGUUUUCAAAGUUAUUUUUUCUAUAUACAUAGUAAUGUUUUCCAGUGACCUGAUCUUCCUAUGUAAACACUUACAUGCGCACACACUUGCAUUUAUGAAUCUGAGAUUAAGUGCCAGUAACUCACUGAGAGGGGAUGUCAGGGGGGUUGGGGCGUGGGCUGAGAACAGCAGUCAGCCAGGACAGCCUGGCGUCCCUCCCUCCCUGCACCUUUCAGAUCACCCGAGCCCUUGUGGGCUGUGGGUGUCCCACUCCCCAAUCCUCCACAUGCAGGCCGGGAUUCCAAAUGCUAACCAAUAACAAAGCCUCAGGUAUUUAAAAGCUAUUUUUAUUCUGCCCUCGUGCCAAGGGGUCUUCCAUCUGGGAGUGAAGGGGGUUGUCUUUGAGGCUGACU